AUCCAAUGAUAAUGAUAAAUAAUUUAUAUUUAAACCUAUUAUUAGUACUGAUAGUCUCAGUUACCUACUGUUCCUGUAAUCUACCGGUGAGUAGUUCGUGUCCUCAAAAUGAGGCACUGGUCCGGCCAUGUCGUUGCGAGUACGGCAUAAUCAUAUGUCACGACCAAACAGGUGUCCGUAUUAAGGAAAUGUUUGCCCAUCUAAGCAAUCAAUUGGAGUACAUUAACCGGCACAUACAUAUGGUACAGAUCAGCGGUAUAGCCAUCACUCAGUUACCCGAUAACGUGUUCAGCGAUAUAACUGUCAACGAGAUUGUCAUCAGAGAUGCGCCAAAACUACGGACAAUCAGCGAUACGGCAUUCAAAGGAACCAAACUGUUUACCAAACGUCUGGUUAUACAUAACUGUCCGCAGCUACAAGUGGACACUUUGUGGACACUGAUCAAUAAGCUCCGAGAGGUAUCAUCAAUGAAACUAUGCGAACUGGAAAAUUUGAGAGAAAUACCUACCCUGGCCUUUAAGGAACUGAACAAAUUGCGCCAAUUGUUGAUAUGCGGCCCAAGUGUACGUACAUUGCACGAGAAGGCAUUCUUCAAGCUAACAUCCCUGGCCCGACUGGACAUUGUCAACACUGGCCUGACUCGCCUACACGACAACUCGUUUGUUUUUGAACACCCCUCACGUCAUAUGCUGACCAUCGGUUUGUUUGACAAUCGGCAGCUAACCGCCGAAGGCCUUAGCGCCCAUACGUUUGCCCAUAUGGGUCGACCGGUUUCAUUGGAUUUUUCUGGCUAUAAUUUCGAGAGUGUCCACUAUCGCCGACAGAUGCCUGUCAUACACGAGCACGUGUUUCGGCCGUUUUUCAAAGCCCACGAACUAAACGAUAUAAAUCUUUACGGACAGGAGUUUGAAUGUCAAAACUGUAAGAACGUGUGGUUGAAAAAAGAGGUCAGUCUUCAUGAAAAGCUAUUGGGUUUGAGAUGUAUUAUACAGAGUAGACAGCUUAUGGAUGUUCUUAACUUUAAAAGUUGUCAAUAA